AUGAAUAAUCUUCAAUACCUCAAUCACAACACUUCCAACCCACUUGAUAAUUACAUAAUAGGUGCAUAAAUUAAACUAUAUAGAGCAGUCCAUUGGCAAGGGAACCUUUGGCAAAGUCUAUAGAGGUCUUCAUAAACCUACUCAAUAAUUUGUAGCCAUCAAGAUUCUAGAGAAAAGCAGAAUAGAAUAACCUGCAGAUUUCACUAGAAUCUAAAGAGAGAUUCAUAUCCUUCGUAAACUUCGUCAUCCAAAUAUUGUUUAAUUAUAUGAAAUCCUUGAAUCAGAUACUAAAAUUUAUCUCAUCAUGGAGUUUGUUAGUGGAGGUGAACUAUUCCAACACAUAGUUAAAAAUAAACGACUCUCAGAGAAUGAAGCUGCAGCACUCUUUUCAUAAAUCAUUGAAGCCAUAGAAUAUUUGCAUUCACUUAAAAUUGCUCAUAGAGAUCUUAAACCUGAAAAUUUACUCUUAGAAAAUAAUACUCUAAAAGUAGUUGACUUUGGUCUAAGUAAUAUCUAUAGUGAUCUACUUUCAACUCCUUGUGGUUCUCCUUGUUAUGCUGCUCCUGAAAUGGUUUCUGGUAUCUAAUAUUCAGGCAUCAAGACUGAUAUUUGGGCAAGUGGCAUAAUAUUAUAUGCCAUGCUUUGUGGUUAUGUACCUUUUGAGGAUUCAAAUACAAGAAAACUUUAUGAGAAGAUUAAAUAUUCUGAUUUCUAAAGGCCUUCUCAUUUGAGUCCUCAAGUCAUUGAUUUAUUAUAGGGAUUAUUGAAUAAGAAUCCUUUAAAUCGAUUGAGUAUAGCUAAAAUCAAGAUGCAUCCUUUUGUAAGGUAACAACUUUUUUAAUUAUAUAAGUAAAUACUCUUAUUCUGUUCAAAUACAUCGCACUUUGGCUAUCAAUUCAAACAUAAUCAAAUAGUUAUAAGCAAUUGGUAUUGAUAGUUAAAAAUGUAGAGAAAUGAUCAUUAAUAACAAACAUAAUCCAAUAACAACUACUUAUCACCUUUUAAAUAAAUAUCAAAAGCCAGUUUUGCAAAAUUAGAGAGUAAGAACUCAUCAGAGUAUAAAAUCAGUUGUUGAUAAACCAAGUAGUUCAAAUGAACGUAGACCUAAUUCAAGCAUCUAUCAUAACAAAACAAAAUCAUAUGAAAAUAAUUUUAAUACUGCUAUGAUUAUGAAUAGAGGAUAUGAUAAUCGUAUUUCAGAAAGGCCUAAAUCUACUGAAAGAAGAUUAUGCACAGAAAAUGAUAGAUGGGAACGCAUCAAAACUUAGUAUGAGACAAAAGAAAAUUCAUAAAGGAAAACUCAUAUGUCGAAACCAAGUAAAUCCCCUGUUAUGUAUGCCGAAUAUAAAUUGAAAACAGCAAGAAUUAUGUGA